UAAGAAAAAGUAUAAAUAGAUCUUUCAGGAGGAACAGCUGUAUCUUUGAUUUGAUAUUUUCCUAAAUCGAAACACCUGCAUUCUUUUGGGAAAAUGAUACGACUGAUUUUUAUCUUUAUUAGUUUAAUGGCAUUAACAGCUGCCACUGACGUAAGCCCAUGCCCUAACCAACCAUUUCCGGUAGAAGUGCGGGUUGACGGAUGUGAUAAACAACCAUGCACGGUUGUGAAGGGAAAAGAUAUCAUUUUUGAAAUCGAUUUCACUGCUGGGUUUACUGUUAAAAACAUCUACACGAAUGUUCGAGCAACAGUUUUUGGACUUUCUGUAGGAUAUCCACUUCCGGAUGAACAAAAAUAUGCCUGUAAAAUGUUGUUGUACGGAAGCUAUUGUCCAAUUUACGAGGGAGAAGACGUAACGUAUAAAUUUGUGUUCGCAGUUGGAACGUUUUAUCCAGAAAUUGGUGUCAACAUUGAAAUAAGUUUGAUCGAUGAUGAUUCUAAGAUCGUUACAUGUUUCAAUACAGAUAUUAAAGUCGUUAAGGGCUCGUGAAAAUAAGAGAAAAUAAGAAAUAAAAUCGUCUCUUUAAAAAGAAUCCAUGUUAUGUCAAAAUGUUUAUUGGAAAUAAAUUCACUGGAAUCUCGAAUAAAUAA